CUUUUCCACGUUUGCAAACGCCGCGGCGCGCCCAGCUCCGACCCGCGCUGCCCGAGCUCCGCACGCCCUCGCCGGCUCCGCGUCGCGCCCCGCGCCCGCCCCUCGCUGCUCUCCUCGUCGCCCCCCCCCCCCCCCCCGAUGGCGUUCAGGGCCCGGGGCUGGCGGUCCCCGCCGCCGCCACCGCUGCUGCUGCUGCUGCUCUGGGUGACGGGGCAGGCGGCGCCCGUGGCGGGCCUGGGCCUCGACACGGAGCUGCAGAUCGAGCGGCGCUUCGUGCCCGACGAGUGCCCGCGCACCGUGCGCAGCGGCGACUUCGUGCGCUACCACUACGUGGGGACGUUCCCCGACGGCCAGAAGUUCGACUCCAGCUAUGACAGAGACUCCACUUUCAACGUGUUUGUGGGAAAAGGACAACUGAUUGCAGGCAUGGACCAAGCUCUGGUUGGGAUGUGUGUAAAUGAGAGGCGCUUUGUGAAGAUCCCCCCAAAGCUUGCCUAUGGAAGUGAAGGAGUUUCUGGUGUGAUCCCCCCAGAUUCAGUUCUUCAUUUUGAUGUACUCCUGAUGGACAUUUGGAAUUCUGAAGAUCAAGUUCAGGUUCACACUUAUUUCACACCUCCCACUUGCCCUCGGACCAUCCAGGUGUCUGAUUUUGUAAGGUACCACUACAAUGGAACGUUCUUGGAUGGGACACUGUUUGAUUCAAGUCAUAAUCGCAUGAAAACAUAUGACACAUAUGUGGGCAUUGGCUGGCUGAUUCCUGGAAUGGAUAAAGGGCUGUUGGGGAUGUGUGUGGGGGAAAAGCGCAUCAUCACCAUACCUCCUUUCCUGGCCUAUGGAGAAGAUGGAGAUGGGAAAGACAUUCCUGGACAGGCAUCCCUGGUGUUUGAUGUUGCAUUACUGGACCUCCAUAACCCCAAGGAUGGCAUUUCCAUUGAGAAUAAGGUAGUCCCAGAAAACUGUGAGCGGCGAAGUCAAAGUGGGGACUUUCUCAGGUAUCAUUACAAUGGCACCCUUCUGGAUGGCACCUUCUUUGAUUCCAGCUACUCACGGAACCGCACCUUUGACACGUACAUUGGGCAGGGCUACGUGAUUGCUGGCAUGGAUGAAGGUCUACUGGGUGUUUGCAUCGGCGAGAAGCGGAGGAUUGUGGUCCCCCCUCACCUCGGCUAUGGAGAGGAAGGAAGAGGGAACAUCCCUGGUUCAGCCGUGCUGGUGUUUGACAUCCAUGUGAUUGACUUCCACAACCCUUCCGACUCCAUCAGCAUCAUCUCCCACUACAAGCCCCCUGACUGCUCCGUGCUGAGUAAGAAGGGGGAUUACCUCAAGUAUCACUACAAUGCCUCGCUUCUGGAUGGGACUCUGCUGGAUUCCACGUGGAAUUUAGGCAAGACAUAUAAUAUUGUUUUGGGAUCUGGACAAGUUGUGUUGGGAAUGGAUAUGGGUCUCAGAGAGAUGUGCGUCGGAGAGAAACGGACAGUGGUCGUUCCACCCCACCUUGGCUAUGGGGAGGCUGGUGUGGAUGGAGAAGUGCCCGGCAGCGCCGUCUUGGUGUUUGACAUUGAGCUGCUGGAGCUCGUGGCUGGUCUGCCUGAGGGGUACAUGUUCAUAUGGAAUGGCGAGGUGUCACCCAACCUCUUUGAAGAAAUCGACAAGGAUGGUAAUGGAGAAGUCCUCCUCGAAGAGUUCUCAGAGUACAUUCAUGCCCAGGUGGCAUCUGGCAAAGGGAAACUCGCUCCUGGUUUUGAUGCUGACAUGAUCGUGAAGAAUAUGUUCACCAACCAGGACCGGAAUGGAGACGGGAAGGUCACGGCAGAAGAAUUCAAACUCAAAGACCAGGAGGCCAAACAUGAUGAACUCUAAACCUGACUCAGGCCACUUGUGUGACACCAAGCCCCCUGUCGUGGCAGAACAUGAAGUGAGGCGUAAGGGUCUCUCAGAAGGGGAAUGAAUGGUCCACAAGCAGUAGAUGGUCACACAGUACCUGGGGCAUGUCAGGGAUGGGUUGGUAAACAUGGUGAGAACUUUAGGCCACAUGCCAGUGAUACGAAACAAAAUUGGUGUGCGGUGCCUUAGCAGGGGCUGUGUAGAAUAUUGAAAAGGCUGCACUGUCAGCCAUUGUUUUGUGAGCCUUCCGGGUAGUUUUGUUAUUAAAGGAAAAUAGUGUCAUACAGAAGUUACAACCAUCUUGGAGGGAACAGAAAAGAAGGUGUCCAGGAUAUCCACAUAAAGAGGAUUCACAUUGUUUUGUUUUUUAACUUGCUGGUGUUUUAAAAGUGUUCUCCAGAUGAGCAGAAAGGACAAAGGGCAUGUCCCAGCAGCAUUCCCCGAAAGCCCCAGAAAACUGUCAGUGGCCUGUACAGGCUCUGGUCAUGCCCAGCUUCCAUUUCCUGCCACACACACACAAAACACACACACACACAACUCAUACAUGUGUGCUUUUGUAGUUAACCAGGCCCUACCUGUUGUGGUCUUCUGAUUGGCCGGGUAACUUGGAAGUUAAGAAGAAAAUCAGUGGACCAAACAAAAGGCAUCUUGGACCACGAGUAGAGAAUUUGAUUCUGUGUUUGCCAUGCAAGAUUAUCUGCUUCACCCUUUCUUACACCCAUUGCUCUGUCCUCCCUGAAUCUUUUGGUCAGAUAGAUAUGCACAGGGCUGGUGGCUAAGCCAUGCUCCAGAGUAUCUCACUGUGACCAAGAUGGAAAUGUCACCCCAACAGAUGAGCAUAAACAAGGUGACAUAUUUCCACUCAUUUGUGUCCUGGAGAGGGAGGUGCCCGAAAGCCCAGGGGCCUCUGUGUCAGGAAACAAGGACAUGGUUAUCUUGUAGCCUGUCCCCAUGUUACGCAGUAACCACCUUGCUGCCUUAUGUGCUCUGUUCCCAAGCGGUGGUGACAUCCACCCUGAAAUAAUCAAUGAUUUUCCUUUGGAAACUGCUUUAUUUUACUAAUUUAAACUGUUUUGUACUGAUGUAGCCCUGAGAUAGUUCAUGAAAAUGCUGUGCACUCAUUCAGUGGAAUAAAUGUUGGAAGACUCAUCCUUUCGCAUAUAAAAAAUUGAAUUAUAA